CGUCGCCGAAAAUCAACUCCAACAAACCCAUCACGGCCAAAUACACGGGUGCACAGUAUAACGGCUGCAGGUUUUGCCGCCUGACCAUGUCAUUAUACGACCCAAUACAGGAAUUGCAGCAAACAUGACUGAAGCACCCGUCAACGCCACGUCGGACAGCCUGGACCUCGGGGAGGCCAGGACAGCGCUCACGUCGUCGUCGACAGCGGCCAGGAUUGCCCAGUUGCGGGCCAUUGACGAGAAGUUCUCCCAGAAAGCUCUCGAUCAAUCGUCCAUCCGCGGCCUGCUCAAAAUCCUGUUCUGGACCCAUGCCUACUACACUGACCGGCCCUCUCGACUAGCAGUGCAGCGAUGCCUAGUCUCGAUUUUCCGGAUGGGGGAUGCCGAAGUUCUCGCCCCCUUUGUUGUAGCAAUCCGUCAGGAAACCCAGAAGCAAGGCAUCGCAUCCGAUAGCGCGUUUGUUCUGGUGGAAUGGUGCAGUCUGCUGAUGCAGAACCUAUCGGGGACGCCCCUGUGGGAAAAGUUCGGGAAAGACACUGUGCUGGCGACCGCCGAUUGCCUGGAGAAGUGCCUGGGGCCUACGUCGAGGGCUACUGUCGGCAGUUCGGCCUUGGUGAUUACUCGUCGAGGGCUCAGAAAACUUGCUUCUACAGAUCCAAAGGCGCUCGGUACGGCUGUUGAGGUUCUCGCCGCUAAGGGAGCCCAACCCGCCGCUAAAAAUGCUGUGCUUCUCGGCGCGAUAGCAGGUGUUUGCUCUCGGAAGGCGGAGGCCAAACCCAUCGUCGAAGGCCUGAAGGGCCAGUACACUACGUUUUACGCACGCGAAAUCGUCGGCUCUCGGACACCAGUCCCGGCACAUCUCGCUGGCGGACUUCAUGAUUUCUUCGUUGCGUUUAUGACUCUGGAGGAUUUGGACAAGGAGGUUUUCCCAGCCCUGGAAAAGGGUCUGCUGCGAGCCCCUGAAGUCGUGCUGAAUGACCUCAUCACACCACUUAUCCGCUCUAUACGUCAAUUCGACCUUUCUAAAGCGCUAAGCGUGCGAUUCGUCAAGCCUUUGCUAUCCAAUAUCAAGUCGUCCAACCCUGUUAUUCGGAGCGGUGCCGUGAAAGCAUUCAGCGAGAUUGCUUCAACCUGCCGAGACUCCUCGAUUUUGGACCAGGUUGCAGACGAGCUGCUCGGGCCCCUCAAAUCUGGCAAACUCGCAUCUGCUGACCACAGGGUCCUUCAUUGUGAGAUGCUGAUGGCUCUUCCCCCCUUUACGGCGAUAGCCAACAAGGUUGUUGCCGGCCUUCCAGCCAUUGUAGGCAAGGAAGCAAAUGAGGCGGCCUUGAGCGCCGAGUCCCUCGUCCUGAGUUCGAAAGCGACACCCCUUCUCUCCAUGGGAAACGCCCCAAAGCCCCUGUUAGAUGUCUAUGCCAAGGGGCUAGGCGACAAGAAGAUCCCGGUGCGGCGAACCUGGAUACUUCGCGUAGGCGAACUUCUGCAUUCUCUUGGGGAGGAUUCAGAAGAAAGCUUACCUUUACCUACGGGCUUCAGUGCUCUCGCAGAGGCUGUUCUUCCGCCUCUUCUAUCCACCUUCAAUGAGGUAGUUGCCAAUCCAGUUGCAGCUGCGCAAAAUGGACUGGUGACGGGUGCUUUGGUCGUCUGUGGUCUCGGGCCGCUUCUCCUCCGGCUUGAGGGCGAAUCCCUUCAAGCAUUGUUGAAGAAGGCGUCUAUACAAAAAAACAGCUUGGCGGUAACGCCGAAACCAUCUUUCUUACUCAAUCCGCGGAUAUACAGCAAAUUUCUUGAAGAUGACCUCAAGUGGCUCUGCCGUGCUUUAACCGCAGUUGCUCCCGCUCUCAGCUCAAGCGAGAGUGCCGCAAAGGUUGCUUGGACACAUGCUUAUAUCUACUUGAUCUGCUCUUCUACGACGCCGCCAUCUGUGAGACGACAAGCGCUCGAGUCACUAUCCGACCUCUGUGUUCAAUCUAGGGGCUCUGAAGGGCACUCAGUUGCUGCCGAGAUUAUCAACGGCCUGUGGCACUGGAUGGAAGCCCUAGAGUCUGCCGACAAGGAGAGCGCUGCCGCGGUGGCCAAAUCAGGCAACUCGAACCUGCAUUUGGUGCUCAAGUCAAUUUCUCUUAGUCAUAGAGACUACAAGGAAAAGACGGGUAUUGAGGUAGAGGUAGACCAGACCCGGAUGGAACUCCAGAUGUGCUCUCUCCUUGUUCUUGCCAAACCUCAACUUAUCCCUGCAGCGAGCUGGAUUGAUCUCUGCUUAAAGGCUGAGCUAGACCCAGGUGAGCUAGCAAGAAAACACGAACAGGUCCUAAUUGACGAAAUAAUCGGUCGCACCGGGUUUGCGCAAAAGUCUGAUGCUGCCAAAGCUGCCGCUUAUAGCGCCGCCGCAGAACUGGCGUUUGUCGCCCCUGAGUCCAUGACCCCCCGCAUCGUUGCGCUCAUCCAGCAGGAUCUCGAUACUGCCGCAGUGCAGUCCGUGGGACCGCUUGAGGCGGCUAUAUUCCGUACACCGGAAGGGACCGCAUUCGUGGAUGUCCUGGCGAAGAAGCAGAAUGUGGUUCCUAACAAGAAUUCCAAGGAUUACGACACCCUAAAAUGGGAGGAAGAACUCAGGGCACAGCUGGCAGAGAAGAAGGGCACACAAAAGAAGCUCACGGCCGAUGAGACGGCCAAGGUCAACGCGCAACUCAAAAAGGAGGCCGAGAUUCGAGGGAAUGUCCAGCAAAUUGUGGCCAAGCUGCUACGAGGGUUCGGAAUCGUCAAAGCUCUCGCAACCGGGCCACCAACCGAUGCCAGCCGCUGGAUGGGCCCUGCAGUCGAUGCAAUCCUGGCUGUCAUCGAUGCCGGUGCCUGCCUGAUCACAGGAGAGAGCGGACCGAUGGCGUUCAUCUCAUGCGCUGACCAAGUCGCCUCACGGCUGGGGUCGAUUAGACCCUUCAUCGGGGCCGCCACACUCCGCGCUCACGACGUGUCUGCGCUGCCGGAACACCUAACUCAGGAGCCAUUUGACGAUCUCGUCACUCGAGUGCUCUACCGCCUGCGCUUUGCCAGCGAACAGCGCCCGUUUGACAGUGUCUCGAUCAUCUACUUCCUGUCCCUGAUCUUGUUGUUGCUUGAGAAGGGCGGCUUCGCUGCCAAUGCGGACGAGCGGGAUGCCCAGCUUGUUCUUGCCAUUGAGUUUCUCUCAUUCCAUUCAGGUGCCCUGUCUGACGAGAAAAUACCCCGCGCAAAGGUUCUCUCCGCCCUUAUCUCAUCCAUGCAGAAGUAUGGCCAGCACUACAAGAUCAUCAAGGACUGCUUCGCCGACACAGUGCGCUGUGUUGCUCCAAACAUCACUCCGGAAGAAGUCGGAGUUCUAGCUCGUGGUACCAUUGUUCCGCAGGCCAGCGUACGAUCUGCGGUAUUGCAGGCAAUCAGUGCGGAAGUGGAUAUGAGCGAUGUUGGUGUCUCGGAGGAGAUCUGGCUCGCAUGUCACGACGACGAGGAAGAAAACAUGGAUCUCGGCCGCGAAAUCUGGGAGGAGAGCGAGUUCCAGAUUUCUGAGGAGCUCGCGCACAAGAUGCUGCCCUACCUUGAGAGCAAAGACGCCCAGCUACGUCGUGCUGCGGCGAAGUCACUUGCCGAGAUUGCGAGCCACCAUAAACCCGUCAUUGAGUCAGUCCUUGAGAAGCUCCGGGCGUCGUACAUCGAAUUGGCCAAGCCACGAGUUCAGCAAUUAGAUGAGUUUGGGAUGCCCAAGAAGAUGGACCUCUCCGACCCCUGGGAGGCUCGACACGGAAUCGCGCUCGCCUUCAGAAAUUUGGCACCGCAUCUGCAAAAUUCUCAGCUUGACCCUUUCUUCAACUUCCUAAUAGAACAAGGACCCCUGGGCGAUCAAAGCGCUGCUGUACGUGCCGAGAUGCUCGAGGCAGCAAACACAGCGAUCGAGGUCCAUGGCAAAGUUAUUCUCGACAGGUUGAUGAAGACGUUCGAGAAGACAUUGGAGACGCCUGACAAGAACUCGGAAGCGGCCGAUCGCGUCAAUGAGGCCGUCAUCAUCAUGUAUGGCGCCCUAGCGCGGCACUUGAAGCCGGGGGACAAGAAGAUCCCGGUUGUCAUUGAGCGAUUGCUCGCGACUCUGAGCACCCCGUCCGAAACGGUCCAGUACGCCAUUGCCGAGUGCCUUCCCCCUCUUGUUCGUACAUGCGGAGACAAGUCACCGAAAUACUUUGACCAGAUGCUAGAGAUACUCAUGACGUCUAAGAAAUACCCGGAGCAGCGCGGAGCGGCAUACGGCCUGGCUGGUCUUGUGCUUGGUAGAGGCAUCAGUGUCCUGAGGGAAUAUCGCAUAAUGGUCACGCUGAACGGCGCUGUAGAGAACAAAAAGGAGGUCCGCCAGCGCGAAUCCGCCAUGCUUGCCUAUGAGCUCCUAUCCACAAUCCUUGGCCGGCUUUUUGAGCCGUACGUUAUUCAGAUCGUGCCUCAGCUGCUGGCGGGGUUUGGUGACGGCAAUGCCGAUGUGCGUGAUGCUGCUUUGGCAGCUGCGAAGGCGUGUUUCGCCAAGUUGAGCUCCUUUGGCGUCAAGCAGAUUCUACCAACACUGCUCAAUGGGCUUGACGACGAUCAAUGGCGCAGCAAGAAGGGCGCAUGCGACCUGCUCGGUGCCAUGGCGUACCUUGACCCCCAGCAGCUCGCGCAGAGCUUGCCGGAAAUCAUCCCACCGUUGACGGCAGUGCUGAACGACAGUCACAAGGAGGUGCGGCUCGCUGCCAAUAAGAGUUUGAAGAGGUUCGGCGAGGUCAUCAACAAUCCCGAAAUUCACAACCUUGUCGACAUCCUCCUCAAAGCGCUCAGUGACCCGACAAAGUACACGGACGAUGCCUUGGACUCGCUCAUCAAGGUCCAGUUCGUACAUUAUCUCGACGCCCCGUCACUGGCCCUGGUUAGCCGCAUCCUGCAGCGCGGUUUGGGCGACCGUUCGAAUACGAAGCGCAAGGCGGCCCAAGUCAUCGGCAGUCUAGCGCAUCUAACGGAGCGCAAGGACCUUGUUGCUCAUUUGCCAGUCCUCGUGGCAGGCCUCAAGGUGGCCGUGGUCGACCCUGUUCCAACCACCCGGGCCACAGCCUCCCGCGCUCUUGGAUCCCUCGUCGAGAAGUUGGGCGAGGACGCUCUGCCGGAUCUCAUCCCAGGCCUCAUGCAAACACUCAAAUCCGACACUGGCGCUGGCGACAGGCUUGGCUCGGCCCAGGCGCUCAGCGAGGUUCUUGCUGGGCUUGGUACUUCAAGGCUGGAGGAGACACUCCCGACUAUUCUACAGAAUGUCGAGUCGGCCAAGCCGGCUGUGCGCGAAGGAUUCAUGUCGCUUUUCAUAUUCUUGCCCGUAUGCUUCGGCAACAGCUUCGCCAACUACCUUGGCAAGAUCAUUCCACCUAUCCUGUCGGGUCUCGCCGAUGACGUCGAGUCCAUUCGGGAAACGGCGCUGCGUGCUGGUCGAUUGCUGGUCAAGAACUUUGCCGUUCGUGCAGUUGACUUGCUCCUCCCUGAGCUCGAACGCGGCCUUGCCGAUGACAGCUACCGGAUCCGUCUUAGCUCAGUCGAGCUUGUUGGCGACUUGCUCUUCAACCUGGCCGGCAUCAAGGCCAAUGCAGAGCCCGGCGAGGAAGAAGACCAGGAGGCGACAAAGGAAGCCGGGGCAUCUCUCCGCGAGAUCCUUGGAGAGGAGAAGCGCAACAAGAUUCUUUCCGCGCUCUACAUCUGCCGCUGCGACACCGCCGGCGCGGUGCGUGCUGCUGCUAUCGGUGUAUGGAAGGCGUUGGUCCAUAGCCCGCGCACCCUCAAGGAGCUUGUGCCCACGCUCACUCAACUCAUCAUUCGACGGCUCGGUAGCUCCAACAUGGAGCACAAGGUCAUUGCCAGUAAUGCCCUGGGCGAGCUCAUUAGGAAGGCGGGUGAUGGCGUCUUGGCAACACUACUUCCUACCCUCGAGGAAGGCCUACAGACAUCGCGGGACGUGGACGCCAAGCAAGGUAUCUGCUUGGCGCUCAAGGAGCUCAUAUCAUCUGCCUCCCAAGAGGCGCUCGAAGACCACGAGAAGACGCUCAUUUCAGUCGUACGCACCGCCCUCACCGACUCGGACGCAGAUGUCCGCGAAGCGGCUGCCGAGGCCUUCGAUUCGCUACAGCAGAUUCUCGGCAAGCGUGCUGUCGACCAGGUAUUGCCAUACCUCCUCAACCUCCUUCGCUCCGACGAGGAGGCCAACAACGCGCUCGCCGCGCUGCUCACCCUGCUUACCGAGUCCACUCGCUCCAAUAUCAUAUUGCCCAACCUCAUCCCUACGCUUAUCACGCCUCCCAUAUCAGCAUUCAAUGCCAAGGCGUUGGCUUCCCUGUCCAAGGUUGCCGGUGCUGCAAUGAACCGCCGCUUACCCAACAUCGUCAACUCGCUCAUGGACAACAUUGUUAACUGCACCGACGAGGCGCUUCGCGAGGACCUUGACAACUCCUUCGACACCGUCAUUCUGUCUAUCGAUGAAUACGAUGGCCUCAACGUAGUCAUGAACGUCCUUCUGCAGCUCCUCAAGCACGAAGACCACCGCAAACGAGCGGCAACAGGCCAGCACCUAGCCAAAUUCUUUUCUGCGGCCGAUGUGGACUACUCGAGGUACAACCAGGAUAUUAUCCGCGCUUUGCUAAUUUCGUUCGAUGACAGAGAUAUGUCUGUCGUCAAGGCAUCGUGGGGUGCUCUGAACGAGUUCACCAAGCGGCUCAAGAAGGAGGAAAUGGAGGCCCUCGUCCAGUCGACGCGGCAGACGCUCUUGCAGGUCGGCGUCGCAGGCCACAAUCUGGCCGGUUUCGAGCUUCCGAAGGGCAUUAACGCUAUCCUCCCCAUUUUCCUGCAAGGUCUGAUGAACGGCACGACGGAACAGAGAGUUACCUCUGCUUUGGCAAUCUCGGACAUUGUCGACCGGGCCAGCGAGAACUCCCUCAAGCCGUUCGUUACCCAAAUUACGGGCCCGCUCAUUCGUGUCGUCUCCGAACGGUCCACGGAGGUCAAAUCGGCAAUUCUUGUCACCCUCAACAAUCUCCUCGAGAAGAUGCCUACGGCGCUAAAGCCUUUCUUGCCUCAGCUGCAGCGCACAUUUGCGAAGUCGCUUGCGGAUACAUCUAGUGAUGUCCUUCGGAGCCGAGCUGCCCGGGCGCUGGGCACGCUCAUCAAAUAUACGCCACGAGUUGACCCCCUAAUUGCUGAGCUGGUCACCGGAUCCAAGACGACAGACGCGGGUGUCAAAACGGCAAUGCUCAAAGCCCUGUACGAAGUCAUCAGCAAGGCGGGCGCCAACAUGGGAGAGAGCUCCCGCACGGCUGUCUUGGGCUUGAUCGAUACGGAGACGGAUGAGCGCGACAAUGCGAUGACCAUCACCUACGCUAAGCUGUUCGGUGCUCUUGUUAAGAACGUCUCGGCGGAUGUUGCAGUUGGACUGCUGAAGAACCGAGUCAUGACGAGGGAUUGCAGCCAUUCCAGCGUCUUGGCGCUGAACGCAGUGCUCUUAGAGAGCCCAGGGACGCUUCUAGACUCACACCUUGCGGACGACCUGCCCGAGCUGCUCUGCCAAGGCAUGGAGAGCAAAGACACUUUCAUCGCCGACAACUUCAUCAUGGCGACGGGUAAAUACCUCCUGAGCGACGCACCCAAGGCGUUCGAAGCCACCAAGCCCAUCUUCGCCACCCUCUCCAAGGUUAUUCCCCCAGGUGGGCCGACCGACACGCGGCGUCUUGCGCUCGUCCUGGUGCGCACCUUGGCCCGCACGCAUCCGGAGCUCGCGCGGCCGCACCUGGGCCUGCUGGCGCCGCCUGUCUUUGCGUCGGUGAGGGACAUGGUGAUCCCUGUCAAGCUGGCAGCCGAGGCGGCAUUUGUGCAACUCUUUGCGGUGGCGGACGAGGAGAGCAAGGUCUUUGACAAGUGGAUCGCCGGCGCUUCUGAGCUGCCGCCCAACGUCAAGCGCAGCAUGCAGGACUACUUUAAGCGCGUGGCCCUGAGGCUGGGAGCACAGGCGCGCGAGCGCAGAGAGGCAGAGGGUGGUGCGGGCGGGCUGGGAUUAUCGAAUGAUGAGGUGGAGGAUGAGAAGGAGCUUAUGGCUGUUGGACAGGUUGAUGUGGGGGCGGAUAUCUUUGCUGCUGACUGAGUACCUGUAGAUUUGUGGGUGCUGGAAGAUUAUGAAAGGGGAGAAAGGAAGUAGAGAAUCGAUGGUCAAAUUUACGAUACGGAUUUGUAAACCUUGCGUGAUGGGAUCCGAUGACUCGUGAAGUGAGGGAUGGUAUGUAUGCUACACAAGUUCGCCUCAGACAGCAGAGCGCAUCUCCUUCUUGGAGCCAGUCACUGGUUUUGGGAAUUCCAUACGCCCCCUACCCUAAGCAUGCUUGAUUAGAGGAAUUUCGCAAAGCUCAACUCUGUCAUGGUGCGGUAUAUCCAAUUCUCGUGGUGUUGAGCCGAAGCGUAUCCUCUCAUGGCAAUUGGAGCCCGAGUCAACG